CUCAAACUUUGUUAUCUGACUUGGGUGGGCAAACACAACACUCUUCUUCUCAAGCUUGACUCCAUCCAACUUGCCUCCUUCCUCUUGAUAUAUAUACAACAUAUACUGCCCCUUGUCCUCCCAUCCACCCUUCCGUACAGGCACAUAUCUCGCCGGCGUAUUUUCGAAUAUCCCAAAUGGCUUCUUGGGCGUUCGUGACCGUGUUGACCUCGGACUCUUACCUUCCGGGGGCUUUGGUCACCGCACGUUCCAUCAAAGAUGUGGAGAAAGCGUCAACCCGCCAGUUCGAUUUGGUUUGCGUGGUAACUCUGGACUCGGUCAGCGUACAAUCUAUCAAAGCCUUGAGACAAAUGUACGAUUUGGUUAUCAGCGCCGAAGUAAUCCGCUCGGGGCACUCUGAGCAUGAACUGAAUCUUUUGGGGCGGCAAGACUUGUCAUCUACAAUCACGAAAAUUCACAUUUGGAGACUCACUCAAUACGAAAAAGUGAUUUAUGUUGAUUCAGACACGCUCUUGCUGAGACCCCUGUCGCAUCUGUUUGAGCUUGCAUCGCCGUUCUCAGCUUGCGCAGAUAUCGGUUGGCCCGAUUGCUUCAACUCAGGUCUCAUGGUAAUCAAGCCCAGCAACGAAACGUUUGAAAAGAUUUUUCAGCAUUUUCUGACACAUGGGAGCUGGGAUGGGGGUGAUCAAGGCCUUCUCAAUGAUUACUUUGCCCAAUCAUCUGGGGAGCUAUCUCCAGCAGGAUCAGACGGCCAAUCACAGGGCUGGAAUCGUCUGAGCUUUGUCUACAAUGUUACUCCUUCGACUUAUUACACUUAUGCGCCAGCAUAUAAACGCUAUGGCGAUAAAAUAUCUAUGAUACACUUCAUCGGCAGUGACAAACCUUGGCAUCUCAUCAACCGACGGAGAUAUCGAAACGCAUACGCACCAAAUCAGAAUUCUGAAUCCCUUAACGCCGUUGAUUAUGACAGCUUAGUCGAUCAUUGGUUGGACGUUUAUGAGACAGUCGUUGGGCCGAUCGAACCCUUGGAAUGGUCGUCGUUUCAGCCUGAGUUCAAUGUUCCCAAGUACCUCUCAGAAUGGGAUUCGACACAGCCGAGUGCCUACAAGCCCCCGAGUCUCGAUGAGUUGAAAGAAACAUUCAGUAGGAGGCGAGCUGUCAUCGGGCCGCAAUCUUUUGGCAUGAAAGCUCCUAAUGAUGAGGGUGGCUACAUGACCUUGCCCUUUCUUGACCUGUCUCGCCUGGCCCGAGAAUAUAUUUUGGCCAGAGACAAAGCUACAACUGCUUUGGAUUCCACACGAGACUCGCGAUCGGUACCUCCGGAGUCGAAUCAUCUGCAAGAAAGACGAGAUCAUCUUCAUCAGGUUUGGGACCCUUCGCGAUCGUCCCCGCCACCUAGCGGAGGAUAUCAGAUGAACGAGCCAAUCACCAAACAUUACGAGGCUGUUUGGGACAAACCGUUUAGCGAACAAUCCCGCAGCUUUUUCCAGCCGCCGACUACGACUCAUUCGAUCCCUCAUAUCACGCAUCAGGAUUACAGCCAAUUCUCGAGGCCACCCCAACCUAACGCGGUUCAAGCUGUAUUUCCAUGGGAGGAGAACGCACGACAUCAUGCGGGCCGAGUCUUUCCGAGUGGAGAAAGUCGAACCUCGACUUCCGGUUCAUCACACCAUCAAGAUCAUAACCACUCUGAAGCCAAUGCGAAUAUGGUCAAUCAGGCUAGUUUGAGUCAGAUCUAUCGAAACGCGUGGGAUGAUGAUCCGAUGAUUGGACGCUGGGCUAAAGCAAGAAGUGUUUCGGGGUCGAAUAAAAGCCCGAGCCCAGGAUGGGCAAAAUCUGAAAAAACCAAGGCAGCAUUAGUUCAAACACCUCGUCUAGAGAUCAGAGGUUUUGACUUUGAUCGACGGGGAACGGAAGGCAAGAAAGCAGGCAGGGAAACGUCCGAUGUGGGUAGAAUUCCCACUUUUGAUCACUCUCAUCAACAUCAACAUCAUCCAUCAAGACAAAUAACAUUUUCGUCAUCAUUAUACCGACCGAGAAGUGACUCUGAGGGUAGCAGUCAAGAUGCAGACGAAGAAGAUGUCGGAGAGGAUGAAGAUCAAAGUAGUGAUGUUCGGGCCUUAACUGAAGGAACGAGUAGCGAAUUAACAUCAACAACCCCACCCGAAAAAUCAAAGGCUUCAGAUCAAAUUUCGGGCACAUUAGAAGCAACUGAGAACCCGGAAGUUAACAAGACUGGCUCGUUUCCUUCGACUUUCCGACUUCCCACAAAUCGCUCUAUGAUCAUCGGCGUCCCAGUUCAAAUGUUAAAAACAUCCUCCUCAUCCAGUAAUAGUAGUGCUCACAGUUGGGAAGGCGAUAACAACAAGAAUCUUGCCAGGAGAACUACCAGUCUCAUGGGUUGAGAUUCGAUUCAGUGUACAAUGCGUUGAAGGUCUCAGUAUGGUCUCAAAGUAACGCAGAUUACCGAUGAGGCCUAUCCGCUCCUUCAAAAUGUCGUCAGUUCUCGUUCACAUUAAUGUGCGUAUGCAUAACUAAGAGAUAAAAGAAAAAAAAAAGAAAAAAAAAGUUGAUUCAAUGUGUACUAUGUAUUUUGUAAUCGUGAACUCCCUAUACAUAAUUUCGCAAUCAUUAGUUCCAUCCUCUAAAAGUGUAAAAUUACUUCUCUCAACAACAUGUUAUAAUAUCGUUGAUGACUAUAAUCCCAUGGUGAUUUCAGACUUUGAUUGCCUUCCUUCUAUCCCUAAUUCCAACCGUUUAAUGUUCUCAGAAACAAGUUUUUUGGCUUGAAGUU